AUGCGGCUAAGCAUUUGUAUUUGUACAGAAGAAGCAGUCCCCCUUGUAAAAGGUGAAGCGGUGAUCAAACCAAAAGUGAAGAAAGCGGUCAAAGAGCCCAGUGUUGAUGUCGAGCAGAAAGAGUCAAGCUCUCAAGAAGAGACGCCUGCCAAACAGAAAGAUCGCGUGCAGCAACGAGAGAACCGUAAAAAGGAGCAAAAAAUGAGUCUGGACGAGAAAAAGCGCACACUUUUCGUCGGCAAUGCUCCGUUGUCCAUGGACGAACGAUCGUGUAGGAAGCUGUUUGCUCAGUACGGCCCAAUAGAGUCCGUACGGAUGAGAAGCGUUGUACCAGCUAAACAGACAAUCACGAAACGCAUCGCUCAUAUUGCCCAUGAGUUCCAUGAAAAGCUGAAUUCGUUGAAAUUCUCUACAUUAAAUUCAAGGAUGAAGAGUCGCCUGUGA